UGUUCGAGACGUGAUCUUGAUGAUGAUGAUGUGUUAGCGCGAAUUCUUCAAGAUUUCCGCUGUUUUUUCUCCCCCUAAAAUAUGAAAUUUAAUAUUCAGAAGAAGGCUGACCUAAUAUUCCUGAUAUGCUAACCUCAUUCGUUAUGGAAACGCUACUAUCGUAGUGUCCUGACCCACAACUAGAAGCCAGAGUUCAGAAAUCUUGGCCCGGUUUUUAAUUUUUUCGUCCACAAGCUGUUGUUUACUUGCUGAGCUGGUCAAAGAUCAAAUUUGUGCUGAAUUUGUUAUCAGCCAAGUCGCCACGUCGGAGCAAAUCAGGGGCUCGUGGCGUUGUGCAAGGGAAGAAAAAAGUAUUUUACAGUCGAGAAGAAAGUUUUAAGGAACAGAGCAGAAUGAAGGCCCUGAUUCUGGUGGGCGGGUACGGCACCAGGCUGCGACCCCUGACCCUGAGCCGCCCCAAACCGCUGGUGGAGUUCAGCAACAAGCCCAUGGUGCUGCACCAGAUCGAGGCUCUGGCUGAGGCUGGAGUGACCCACAUCGUUCUGGCUGUCAGUUACAGAGCUGAGAUGUUGGAGAAAGAGAUGAAGGUCCAGGCAGACAGGUUGGGGAUCCAGAUUUCCAUGUCUCAUGAGGAAGAGCCACUGGGCACAGCUGGACCACUCGCUCUUGCGCGGGAAAUUCUGGCAGGAGACGAGGAACCGUUCUUCGUCCUGAACAGCGACGUCAUCUGCGACUUCCCCUUCGAGGAGAUGCUGAAGUUCCACAAGAGUCACGGCAAGGAGGGCACUAUAGUGGUUACCAAGGUAGAGGAGCCAUCCAAAUAUGGUGUAGUCGUUUAUGACAACCAAUCAGGAAAGAUCGACAGGUUCGUGGAGAAGCCGAAGGAAUUUGUGUCGAACAAAAUCAAUGCUGGAAUGUACAUCUUUUCUCCCAAGAUCCUGGACAGGAUACAGUUGAGACCAACGUCGAUUGAGAAGGAAAUUUUCCCCGCCAUGGCUGGUGACGAAACCCUGUAUGCCUUCGACCUCAAAGGUUUCUGGAUGGAUGUUGGCCAGCCCAAGGACUUCCUGACAGGGAUGUGCAUGUUCCUCACCUCUCAGCGACAGAAGUGUCCAGAGAAGCUCCACCAAGGGGACGGCAUCAUCGGCAACGUCUUAGUGGACCCAAGUGCCAAAAUCGGCGACAACUGCCGGAUCGGACCCAACGUGACGAUCGGGCCGGACGCGGUGAUCGAGGACGGGGCGCGAAUCAAGCGGUGCACGAUCCUGCGUGGGUCGGUCGUCAAGUCUCACUCCUGGCUGGACUCCAGCAUCAUCGGGUGGAGGUCACAAGUGGGCCGAUGGGUGCGUAUGGAGAACGUGUCCGUACUCGGCGAGGACGUGAUCAUCGGAGACGAGCUCUACAUCAACGGCGGGCGCAUCCUGCCGCACAAGUCCAUCUCUGCAUCCAUAGCGGACCCACAGAUCGUCAUGUAGGAUCCCAAAACCCCUACGUGAUCCUCCUGUCGGAUCAGAUCCUCAUGUUGGAUCUAAUCCUCCUGUCGGAUCAGAUCCUCAUGUCAGAUCUAAAUUCCAGCAUCACAAAAUGUAAAAUCAGCUGUCACCAUGGGUGAAUGACCUAAGUGAUCUUUGACCUCUGACCUCAAUAUGGAUGUGGCAAAUCAAGCUCAGGGGUCGGUCAUUAGGGUUAACUUUAACCUAUCACCUUUGACCCGUACUGUAACCAAUGGGCUUACAUCUCAUCAAAUAUCCAAACUUUUAGCAGUGAAUCAGUGAAAUGUGUUUAGAAAACUACAUCAGGACUGAUUUGCUUCAAAAUAAUAUGUUUCUUCUUCCUAAACCUUCCAAAUUACUUACAUAUUGAAAGUUGAGCUGGAGCUCAGCAAAUUUGAUGCAUUUUGUAAAUGUAAACAUUAAGAAAAGAUUGUGUUUUGCACAAUUUCUUUUAAUUGUAGAAAUUUGUUAGAUUGUAAGCAUUAUUGCACUAGGCAUACACAAUGUAUUUAAAACUAGUAGCUAAUGAUAUAUGAUUAUUGUGAUAUACAAUGUAAAGGAACCAUAUUAUGAUUGUAGUUACAGAACACGAUAUACUCUGCCAAACUUAGACAUGCUAAGUAUUCAUACAAAUUUUUUCAGAAUUUUAUAUCAAUUCAAUUGUGUGGAAAAUGUGAACCAUACAAAACCACACUAGACUGCUUGUGACCAUCAGUUUAGUAAGCUUCGUAUGUUUCUUAGUAUAAGGCUAUUUCUAUUCAGUAAUAUUUGUUACUUUUAAAGUACUAGAUGUACUACUUCAGGGUAGUUCAAAUUGGUUCUGUGAAAUUUGUAUGAAUACUAAGGCAGUAAGAAAUAUUAGUGCUCAAAUCUAUAUUUUUAAGUUUAGAAAGAGAACCAAGAAAAUGUUUGAUAAACAUGCCAGUCUACACUACAUGAAAAUUUACAGUAUUUUUGUGGUCAAGGUCAUAAACUACUGUCCAGAACUAGUUCCGACUACUUCAUUACAUGUAGCAUGUUGUGCUCUGGUAUUAUGUUAAUUUCUUAUGAUAAAAGUGUUGCUAUAUAUUUUAAGUGACCGGCUAAUGUUUAAAAGAUUUAUUGUAAUAGGAGGAGUUUUUGAGGGCCAAAGAUCCUAAAUGUGCCUUGUUUAAUACUUAUUUCAUUGUUAGCAUGAAAGCUCAUCUGUGUUGACAUAGUACAUAUUGAAGAUUUUCCACUGUCUUACAACACCAAAAUCAGCUUACCUCAAAUUUUCAGUCGCACUUCCAUCGACCUUCUUCAGGAGUGAUGAUUCAGUUACUCUGAUCACGUGACUUAGAGACACGUGAUUCGAGUAAAGAAUCAUAAAUGCCUGGCAAGCGAUAUCGGCUCGAGUCUCAUGUUUACCGCUCUCAUCAACAUCUUAUCUAGCAACAAGCACAAAUUACUGUAAAUUCAUCAAAAAGCAGUUUCCAAAAUCAUAUCCAGUUGCUUGAGUAACUGCUUUUUGGCGUAUCUUAUUACCUGGAUGUCUAACUUUCAUCGACGUACUGUAAAUUCAUUUGAGUUUGUAGUGGUUUUGUUUCCUUGAAAAGGACUCCAAUGUUUUGCAGCGUUUCCAAUUUGAGGUAGAAACAAGUCUGUACUACUGUAAUGAUACGUUGCCAAGACAUAGUUGCGGAGAGUUGACUGCAAAAAUCGAACUACCGCCAGUUUGAACAUUGUCAGUUGACAGUCUGCAGUAUUGUGUGAUAAUUAUGAUGAAAUUGCAAACAAGUGUGCAAUGCAGAUGACCAAAAUUGUGCAGUUUUCUACAGUUCUCUGCUUCUUUUUGUACCCUCGCGUUUGGUGAGAUUUUGUUUUUGAAGUUGAAAUAGAAGAAGUGCUAAACCGUGAUUUUAUGAUGAAAUCUACAGGUGUGAACAAGGUCUUGCCAUUGACUGGCUUAUCCUAUAUGGUAGUCAUAAAAGAAUGAUAUUCAUGGUUUAUUUUGGUGAGAAAUUAUCUAAGCUCAGAACCUUUAUUCAACAGAACAUGGAAAUUGAACCAAAUAAAAUGGAACAUGGAAAGCUAAGAUUGGUGCUGAAAUCCAGUUGAAUGUGGUGCUAGCUUUCUGUUGUUGCCCUUUAUUGUCCUGUUACAGGCUGUUGGCAUGCUGAUUGGUUGAACUUGGAAGAGUCGGGCUUAUAAAUUUGUAUAUGCCUGCAUAAUGUCAUGAUUGGGUGACUGAGUUCAUUUUAUUUCUUUAUUCAAAUUUACCUGGUGGUGACUACAUAGGUUAGUCAUCCAACAUGGCGGACAAUCCUUAUGUAACAAGUUGAGACAAGUAAGCAGGUUCUUGGUUUGAACUGAGAAUGUUCAGUGUGUCAGUGUGAUGCAUUGUGGGUAGGGCAUCAAAGUUGAAGCUCAUGAAGCAAACAACACAUCUGAACAUGUAUGAAGCUUGAUCUAGUCAAGAACUUUUUACAAGUAAGGGGACUUUGCACAUGUGCAAUUUAAAUGGCAAACUAGCUUGUUUGUGGCAAAGAGUUUGAUAUCUGGCUACAGAGUAGCAAAAUUACACCAAUGUAGCAAUUGUAUCAUUAAAUCAAAUAUAUUCAUUUUAUCAAUCA